UCAGGAAAGAAAGCCGUUGAAGCUGACGACGUGGCCGCGCCGCGUCUCGAUCCCGUGUCUCAACGCACCGGGGCGAUUCAAACCAGACACACCGGCUUUGUUCGCAGCGACUUCAGCUUCAUGCUCGGACGCCUCCGUGGGAAACUGUAACUCCACCACCGCGUAACAAUGUCCGGACGGGUGAAGAACCGAAGUGCGGCCAACGCAGAGGCGCUGUCCGGCGCCGUGUCCUGCGACGAGCGCAUCUUGAGGGAUUGUCAUCAACUGUACGCGGAUCCCGUCAGUGGGUUGAUCACAGUGGCUGAAUCUGUUGGUGUGAAGCUGCUGGCUCCCAGGAAAAAGAUCACCGUGAUGCUGAUGGGAAACCACUCUGCUGGGAAGAGCUCCUUCAUCAACUGGUAUGUGGAGGAGCACAUCCAGCGCACUGGAGUGGCUAUUGAGACUCAAGGCUUCAGCUUUAUCACAAGUGGACGGAAGAGAGAAUCUCUCACAGGAAAUGCCACCCUUCACCUAUAUCCCCACUUCAAGCCUCUGCAAGAGUUCAAAGGUGUUUCAGAGUACCUGAGCACAGAGAUCUGCACGUCACGACAGAAACGGUUCAGCUUGGUGACAUUUGUGGAUUCGCCAGGUUUGGUGGACGGUGAUAUGAAGUAUCCCUUCGAUGUGGACGAUGUUCUCCUGUGGCUGGGUGAUCUCUGUGACCUGAUUCUGGUCUUCUUUGACCCCAUGGGUCAGGCUCUGUGCAAGCGCACACUCAACAUCGUGGAGUGUCUGAAUGAGAAACACGGGGACCGCCUGCGUUUUUUCCUGAGCAAAGCCGACGAGGCUGGGGGAGAGUCAGACAGACAGAGAGUAAUGAUGCAGAUUGUCCAGGAGCUCUGCAAGCGACCAGGACUCAACAAAUGUGGCUUUGACAUGCCCACCAUCUAUAUCCCCAAUCCUAACAAGCCAAGUCGCUGUGUGAACCAGAUUGAGGAAGUGUGUCGCGCCAUCGAGAAAACGAUCAACCAAACGGUCCAGAAUGCCCUCAACUCUCUGGAGAAGGACUGUGAGCUCAUCAGUGAGGCCGUCACUGACACGCUCAGUAACGACAGGCAAACCGCUGUAGAGAACCGACGAGCGCGCUGUAAGAGCUGCUUCCUCACUCUGCUGGGCUUCAGUGUCCCGAUGGCUCUGAUGGCUCUGCUGGUGCUGGGCAUUCUGUCCAAGGAGCUGCUGGAUGUGGCUCUGGGCCACGAGGGCACACAGGCGCUCUCACUCUACCUGAAUCCCAUAGUGAAAAUAUUUGAGUCCCUCUCCAUGGAGCAGCAGCUGUACAGCUGUGGCGGACUGAUCAUUCUCUCCUUCCUCCUGCUCAUCGUUGCACGCUACUCCUUCAGAACUCGACCAACUCUGUCAGGCAAACAGAAAAGGCAGCUGCAGGAAAAGCUGGAGUAUGUUCAGGAGGUGGUCAAGAACAAAAAGAAAAUUCUCUAUGACGAAUACCUUCGCCAAAGUGUCAGCGACCAGGACAUGGAUGCGUAGAAACUGUUGUGAUGCACACAGACUCGGCUUCCCCACAGCGACCCCGCGUCUAAAAUGUUUCCAACAUCUAACACCAACUGGCUAUUUUUUUUAAUUGUGCAGAUGUAAAUUACAGUCAACAGCACUUGGUACAAAUUCUGGUGCUUUGAGUUCUGUAAAAAAAACAACUUGAUGUUACCUCUGUAGAAAACACUACCUGCAGAUAAGCAGGGUUCACUCUCACAGCAGGUGAACUCAAGUUCCAGAUAACAUGUUUGUUGUGGGCAUUUAUAAACACGUCCUCUGUGACUGCUCCCCUCAAAGGAAUUCAGGCUCACACCACUUUAAGAUAUUUAAAGAAUUGCAAACUAUUUAUGAUAUUACUUUAUCAGAGAAACUGUAUUUUGCUUAAAUGACAUAUAGCACUGGUUUACGUAGGUCACUUUGUAUGUGUUGCUGUUUUUCCAAGACUUUCACCAGCAUUUUAUACAGUACUUUGUCUGCUUCAUGACUCGUACCAGGAAAUACAGUUUUGGUAUUAAUGCACAAAUUUACAUCAUGAACUUCUGUGUUAUAAUAUGAAGAAUAUUCAAUUAACAACACAACGCCUGCAAGUGAAGUAAAUCUAGAUUGUGAGACUGAGAUCAAACCGUUUCAGUGACUACUUCCACUUUUUGUACUUUCCUUUGUACUUGUGACUGUUUUAAAUACAACUGAUUAAUAAAGAAAAGUAUGUUCAAUAUA